AUGGUAAGCAAUUACUCCCCUCUUACCAUAUGCAAAGCCCUCAUCAACUUCAUAUCUUGCAAAAUAUUCGGCAGCCCGCAGCCAUCUCGUGAUCCCGAUAUCACUGUCGAAUUCAGGCAUGCGGACGAUCAUUCCCCAAACGUCACCCAAAAGGGUCCGGAGAAAAACGAGCAAAACCAACAAAUUCUGGUCCGAAACUCGGAUAAGGCUGUCAAGCGCCCAAAAAAGAGCGUGACCAUUAACGAGAAAAAGGAUGGGGAUAUAGUCGACAAUCGGGAGCACAAGGAGGAGAAAUCGAGGCCCCCGAGGCACUGGGGCCCGCUUCUGAGUGUGGCCUCGAAUAUAAACGAGAAGUGUGAGGCGUUUAUCAGUAGCAGGAAAAGGGCCAUGAGAAGAAACUACACUCAGGAUCCAGACAAGGAUGCGAAACGUGCUAUCCAAAAAAAUAGGAAACUCUUGGGGACUGUCUGGAUAAUUUUUAUGCGAAUUCGAGGCAAAGAUAAAGAGUGCCACUCCCUUUUAAAACCACAAAUUUUCAUCUCGUGA